GUUUUGAAGUGACGGCUUCAACGAGGGUCAAAUCUUUGUAAGUCUAGACUUUCUCUACAAUCUACACCUUUUGAGAAGCAGAGCAUGUCAACUGUUAACAGGCAACGGUCAUGUUAUCACCCUUCCUGCCCGGAUCUCAUGGUAAGUUAUGUCUGACACCUGACCUGACAUAGACUUUGAACUGAUGCUAGAAAGCUCUACUUUAUUUCACUUUUCACUUCUCAAUAUCGACCACUCAAGAUCCCGGCGCCUGUCGUUGGACACAUGAUCCGAACACGCUAACAGAGAUGCAUGGUAUUUUACUCGGGGUCUGCUAAGGCUCGCUUGGGUCACACAGCGCAGCUUCCGCUUGCCCAAAACAAUGACCGAUGCAGCCCAGGUCCAAUCACACAACACACUUAUAAACAACACCGCGCAUUGCAUUUCGAGUUGCGUCACGGAGCAUAGAAUUCGACUUUACAUCCCUGGGUACGAGAACCACAGGCGAACAACAUGACGAACUCCCUCAUGCAGUACCAUGACCAGCCACGCCCUCUCCCCUCGCAGGGCGAUUAUUGCAACGAAAACCCCAUCACUCAAGUCUUGCUUUGCGGGGAUGCCAUGGCGGGAAUUGUCGUAUUGGCUUAAUUAACCAUGCCUGGCAAAGCGGCCCGGCUAUGACAUCGUCACAGCAGCCACAGCCGCUUCGGAACCACGUCUCCUCUGCCCGCCCUCGAGUGCCGAUCGUCCAAUAUAUCGACCGUCUGCACCCCAGGUUGAGUCAUUUAUCCCACACUCUCGCGAAAAGGUUUUCCCACCUCCCAUUUGCUCGCAUGCUGACGUCCCCUCCCGCCGCGGACCUCGUUCCUGCUUUGGACCGCCGACGAGAUCUGGUGAUAUAUUGCAUCUGUGGGGCCGCGGCCAUCUGACGACGAUUAAAUGUCGCCUCGUUCCGACUGGGCGGGUCUGGGCAUCACUCCUCGGAGCCGUGUCUCUACGCCAGAAUGUCGUAUAAGGACGAGGAACCGGCCGGGUGAGGUGCUGUGGUGGUCUGUCGUACGGCAGGUGCUGUGAGGGAAUCUGGAGAACAACUUUGUUCCUCUUUGACCAUUCUCCGACUGGAGGUGUGACAUCGGACGAAUCACAUUUUCCCCCUCGAGUUCAAGAAGCUGAGACGUCCCGAGUGCUCUGCCGGUCUUUCAGCAAUCAACAUCUCGCCAUGGCUCUUCAAACCUUCUUCCUGCUGGCGGCAGCCAUGCUGGCCAACGCAGAGACAACAGGCGAAAAGGUCUCUCGGCAAGCACCGUCUGGCGCUCAAGCAUGGGCCGCCGCCCACUCCCAGGCUGCCGCCACUCUGGCCAGGAUGUCACAGCAAGACAAGAUCAACAUGGUCACGGGCAUUGGCUGGGACAGAGGGCCUUGCGUGGGAAACACAGCUGCCAUCAGCUCCAUCAACUAUCCUCAAAUCUGUCUUCAGGAUGGACCAUUGGGCAUUCGCUUCGGCACUGGUACCACCGCCUUCACACCUGGCGUCCAAGCUGCUUCGACAUGGGACGUUGAUCUGAUCCGGCAGCGCGGUGCUUAUCUGGGCGCCGAAGCCAAGGGCUGCGGCAUUCACAUCCUUUUGGGGCCCGUCGCCGGUGCCCUGGGCAAGAUUCCCCACGGCGGUCGCAACUGGGAGGGAUUUGGCGCCGACCCCUACCUUGCCGGUAUUGCCAUGAAGGAGACCAUCGAGGGUAUUCAGUCAGCAGGCGUCCAGGCCAACGCCAAGCACUACAUUGCAAACGAACAAGAGCUCAACCGCGAGACCAUGAGCAGCAAUGUGGAUGACCGCACUCAGCACGAGCUCUACCUCUGGCCCUUUGCCGACGCCGUGCACGCCAACGUCGCCAGCGUCAUGUGCAGUUACAACAAGCUCAAUGGCACGUGGGCUUGCGAGAAUGACAAGGCUCUGAAUCAGAUCUUGAAGAAGGAGCUCGGUUUCCAGGGCUACGUUCUCAGCGACUGGAAUGCUCAGCACAGCACUGCUCUGUCUGCUAACAGCGGUCUGGACAUGACUAUGCCCGGUACCGAUUUCAACGGCCGCAAUGUCUACUGGGGCCCUCAACUGAAUAACGCUGUCAACGCCGGCCAGGUUCAGAGAUCCAGACUAGACGACAUGUGCAAGAGAAUCUUGGCUGGCUGGUACUUGCUCGGUCAGAACCAGGGCUAUCCCGCCAUCAACAUCAGGGCUAACGUUCAGGGCAACCACAAGGAGAACGUACGUGCUGUUGCCAGAGACGGCAUCGUCUUGCUGAAGAACGAUGGAAUUCUGCCGCUUUCCAAGCCGAGAAAGAUUGCUGUCGUGGGCUCCCACUCCGUCAACAAUCCCCAGGGAAUUAACGCCUGUGUUGACAAGGGCUGCAAUGUUGGCACCCUUGGCAUGGGCUGGGGUUCAGGCAGCGUCAACUACCCCUAUCUCGUGUCCCCGUACGAUGCUCUCCGGACUCGUGCUCAGGCCGAUGGAACACAAAUCAGCCUCCACAACACUGACAGCACCAACGGUGUGUCAAACGUUGUGUCUGACGCUGAUGCUGUUGUUGUUGUCAUCACUGCCGAUUCUGGUGAAGGGUACAUCACUGUCGAGGGCCACGCUGGCGACCGCAGCCACCUUGACCCGUGGCACAACGGCAACCAACUUGUUCAGGCUGCCGCGGCUGCCAACAAGAACGUCAUCGUUGUUGUGCACAGUGUUGGCCAGAUCACCCUGGAGACUAUCCUCAACACCAAUGGAGUCCGCGCGAUUGUGUGGGCUGGUCUUCCGGGCCAAGAGAAUGGCAACGCUCUUGUUGAUGUUCUCUACGGCUUGGUUUCGCCAUCUGGAAAGCUUCCCUACACCAUUGGCAAGAGGGAGUCGGACUAUGGAACAGCCGUUGUUCGUGGGGAUGAUAACUUCAGGGAGGGCCUUUUUGUUGACUACCGUCACUUUGACAAUGCCAGGAUCGAGCCGCGGUAUGAGUUUGGCUUUGGUCUUUCUUACACCAAUUUCACCUUCUCCGACAUCAAGAUUACUUCCAAUGUCAAGCCGGGGCCCGCUACUGGCCAGACCAUUCCCGGCGGACCUGCCGACCUGUGGGAGGACGUUGCGACAGUCACUGCAACCAUCACCAACUCGGGUGCUGUCGAGGGCGCUGAGGUUGCCCAGCUUUACAUCGGCCUGCCGUCCUCGGCUCCUGCCUCUCCCCCGAAGCAGCUGCGUGGAUUUUCCAAGCUGAAGCUGGCCCCGGGUGCCAGCGGCACUGCCACAUUCAACCUCAGACGCAGAGAUCUCAGCUAUUGGGAUACCCGCCUCCAAAACUGGGUCGUGCCCAGCGGCAACUUUGUCGUCAGCGUCGGGGCCAGCUCGAGAGAUAUCCGCUUGACGGGCACCAUCACGGCGUAG